AGAAAAAAAGGAUCUUAUAUCAAAGAUUAUAUAGUAGAAAAAUCAAUCGAAAGAUGACAUCGAUGAAACUUCACAUUCUUGCUCUUUUUGUCAUCGUUUCCUUCCUUGUUGUUGCUCAAUCCACUCGAAUUAUGGAUGCUUCCUCAGAUUGUGAAUUCAAAGGACCAUGUCAUAAGAAAGAAGAUUGCUAUGACUCAUGUGGAGUGAACAAACCACCGUUUAACAAUGCUUUAUGUGUACCAGGCAGAGAUUCGUUUCAAUGUUGCUGUAUUUUAUCGUGAUUCUCUUCAAAUUUAGUUUACUUGACUUAAAAUAAGUUAUAUCAAUAAAAGAUACUUCUUGAA